UACAAACAGGUUUGCAGAUGGCUUUUCAGCCAUAAAGGGAUAUAGUUCUUUUGCAGGGUUCUAAUGUUAUUUUUCUCUUCCUAGAAUGCCUAAAUCAAAGGAACUUGUGUCGUCAAGCUCAUCUGCCAGUGAUUCAGAUAGUGAAGUUGACAAAAAGGCAAAGAGGAAAACACAAGCAACUCCAGAAAAACCUGUAAAGAAACAAAAGACUGGAGAAAGUUCAAAAGGUGCUGCAGCUUCUUCUAAGCAAAGCAGUACCACAGAUGAAAAUAUGUUUCAGAUUGGCAAAAUGAGAUAUGUCAGUGUUCGUGACUUUAAAGGGAAAGUCUUAAUUGAUAUUAGAGAAUAUUGGAUGGAUCAAGAAGGUGAAAUGAAGCCUGGCAGAAAAGGUAUUUCUUUAAAUCCAGAACAAUGGAACCAGCUGAAGGAACAGAUUUCUGAUAUUGAUGAUGCAGUAAGAAAACUUUAAAGAGAGCCAUACAGAAACAUGUAUCACUUCAGUUGUUCUAAGCAGUCUUUUUGCAUUGGCUUUAGUUUUCUAAAACAUUGUUUUCCAAGCUAUUGUAUAUUUGGAUUGCAAAACAAUUUGUAAGAUGAAUACUUUUUUUAUGUGCAUUAAAAGUGUAUUUUGAGUGAGGCUAUUUGUGUAUACUUUACUAAAAGGAAACGUGUUGCAUUUGCCUCAUGAUGUAAAAUAAAUAAUAUGCAAAGGAUACUUGUUCAUGGCCUUUUGAUUGAAGGUAUUUGCUGAUAAGGCCACCUAAUAGCUUUAGUCUUUAUUUUAGUUUCAGUUUAGUUAGCAGUUUAGUUUGUUUUCUGAGGACAUUUCUUAAAAUGUCUCCAUUUAAAUUUUUCUUUUAUUUCAUACUCCAUGGUAUUGUCCUGACAGUUUUCUGCUCUAAGACUUGAUACAAACAGCAAAUACUUGGUAAAACACAUUUUUGUAGAUAAUUUUCAAUACGGUAUUUGUUAAUUUACCGUAUUUAUUCUGAUGUAAACAGUCCUGAGUAUAGACUUUUUGCAUUACUUGCAUGAAGUGUUAUGCUAAACAAUAACACUUGAACACAAGCCACAUGCUGUUUCUUCUAAUUCUUUCUCUAGCUUGCUUGACUUAGAAAAUAAAAUUAGCCUUUUUUCUUGGACCCUAGAUUUUAGAAUGUGAUGCAUAAACUUUUACAGUAAUAGACAUAUACCUCAGAGUAAGAUAGUAUUGAAAAGCUCCAGAUGUGGUUAUUACGUACCCUUUUCAAGCUUUGCAUUAGAUCAUUCUUGAACACACUAACUAGUCAGCUACAGAAAAGAACAGUUAACCUGUAUUUGUUCAUUUGAGUGUACUGCAUAAACAAAGAUGCUUAAACUAGGCUGUAACACAGGUUAACAGUUAAACAGUAUUAAAACUUCCUCAGCCAAAAUGGUCUGGCUACCAUAGAAUCAUAGGACUGUUUGGGUUGGAAGGGACCUUAAAUAUCAUCUACUUCCACCUGCCCUGCAUGGUUGCUUUCCACUAGACCAGGUUGCUCUGUGCCCUUUCCAGCCUGGCUGUGAGCACUGCCAGGGAUGGAGCAUUCGCUCUGUCCAUACUGCCUGCCCAAACCACUUACCUUGCUUUGUGUGGCUUACAUGUACACAACUGGUUUAUCUUUUGUACAGAAGAUACUUGGCACUUACAGCGGAGCACUGGUGCAUAGUGCAUCAUGACUAUAGUGGACUUCGCUGUCAACCAUUGUACUGUUCUGAUGAGCUGCUGCCCAGUGGAAGCUCUGUUAGACCAGAUGCUGCCCCAUUUGAAGGGGCUUCUUGAUAGCUGUCACAAACAAUGGGAUGAAGAAGGGAGAAUAUGAUGUUUGAGUAGAACUUGGAGAGAUAAGGGUACACCAGUACGGAAGUUAAUAGUGAAAGAUCAAAGUUAGCUGACAUAAUGCCUACAGUGAAGGCAUGUACAUAAGCAUAAUAGGAGGAGAGUUUAUUUUCUGACUUAGUUCAGUUAAUCGAAGGAAGAAGAUGAAUCCACUUCAUAAGAACUGACAUUUCAAGACUACGUAGUGAAUGUACUACCUAAUUGGUUUGGCUGUAAUUUUCUCAUUCAGUGUUAAUGUAGUUUUCAAGUUUUGUACAGACAGAAUUUAGUAUUUAAUUCUGGAAUAUCUUCAUAGGAUCGGUUUUAUUGCAGUCAUGCAUGGAUGUGCAUACACAGACUGUUCCUGUGUUGCACAGUUUUAAUCCAAUGCAAAUAUUUGUUGAAGGGUGAGGAAGGGUGGCUUCAUCAAAUUAAAUACAUAUUGUUAAGUUUAAUAUUAUGUCAGAUACCUCUGCCUGCUCUUUAACGUACCCGUUGUUGGCAUAUUGAAAGUUAAGAUUGUUUUUUGUACAGCUCAGGAAAUUUCGAGUUUUUAAGAACUGCUUAAGAGUGAAUAAAAGGGUAAAGAGGCGUUUUGUGGGAGCAAAUGCAUUUUUGAGCACAACAUUAUUCUUUGAGUGUCUCUUAAAUGUAGGGAUCUUUGGACAAAUAGAAUAAAUAUGAAAUAUGCUAAAAUUUCACAGAUGAGUGAAUGAAAUAAAUUCCUUCAGAUCGCUAUCAACAGGUUCUAGGUGUUUGCGGUAUGUACGUAUGAUUUUUUUUUUUCUUUAAAUCUGAAAUUUUUUUAGCCAGGUUUCACCCAUUUUACCUCAAUACUUUCACAUGACUACUCCAAAGCACAUGAUUAUGUUAGAGGGAAUGUUGUCCUCACUUUGAUUGCUGUGGUAGCAGGUCAUUGGAUGCCAGCUGUCUAUCAGAGAAUAUGAUAGUGUUCAGGAUGGUGGAGAAUUAAAUUCAUUAAUUUGAGUGGGAGUAAGUGAAAAGCUUUUAAUAUAGUGAUUGGUAGUGAUUCGUCAUGAAAUUGUCUAGGGCUGUAGUCUUUCUAAUUUGAGAAGAAAAUUCAGACUUUCUUGAAUAAAGACUUCUCUUGCAGACAAAAGGGUAGUUAGGGACAUGUAGAAGAAGAUGGUGCAUGUAUGAAAAGGCUGUGUAAUAAGAGAUAAAAACACUGCUCCCUUUCCUAUUAAGGUAGCAAAAGAAAGAUGCAUUUGGUUCUUGAUAUUUAUGUGGGACAUAUUAGCAAUAUGUUUUACAAGUUAAACCUAUUGUGGAGCUUAGGAGGGAAAAUUCAUCACAGUUAGAGCUGCCAAAGUACCAUAUGUGUGAUAUAUCAUGUACAAUGUUGCUCUUAUGUGGAGAUGUUCAUAUUGAAAUUAAACAAAUGCAGUACUAAGUCUGAUAUUUCUGUUAAAGGAAAUGAUCCAGUUACAUACUCUUUAUGUGAUCUGUUAGCAAAAAAAUUGAUUAUUGUACUUCUGGUAACACACAUGUCAUUGUUAACCAUGUGGAAUGUUUCAUGUUUUGCUCUGGUGGUAUCUGCUGCAGAGAGGCCACUGGGAAUAUGAGCCCUCCAACUGUAAUUACCUUAAUGUUCAAAUAAAAAAAUAGUUAAAUGGCAUACAUGUAAUAACAACUUGAAUGUGUGGAAAUAAAUGAAGACUUCCGUUG